AAAUCGGGCCACCAAAACCGAAUCUCCAGAGUCAGCCAGUCUUGGUCACCAUGGAAAUAUAGCAAAAGUCCCUCAGUUCAGUGCCAGAGGAAAAGUACGAAGAAAAUGGAUUCUGGGUUUCUCAUAUUGCUUCUGUUUUUCAAUCUUCUCCUCUCCUUUUCAUUUGGUAAACCUGAUGGAGUGUGUGUCUCCCAAGGUGGUCGCUUUCCACGUUUCUCAUCUGAAGGAAAACCUCCCAAAAAGGUAAGUAAGGGAACAAAAGAUUUGACCCUUUGUAGGGUGUUUCGCAAAAAGACUUGCUGUGAUGUAGCCCAGACACAUCCUGCGCUUCUAUCAGUUAGGAGGCUGGCUUCAACAGGAGAAGCCAGCCAAGAUUGCUUGGACUUAUGGGAAUUAUUGGAAUGUUCGAUCUGUGAUCCACGUGUUGGUGUUCAGCCUGGACCUCCUCUGAUAUGUGGCUCUUUUUGUGACAAAGUCUAUAAGGCUUGCUCUAAUGCUUACUUCUCCAUGGAUGCAAAGACACAGGUUCUAGCACCAUGUGGUGUAAAUGACUUUGUCUGUGGUAGGGCUUUGGAAUGGGUAUCAAAUGGCACAGCACUAUGCCAUGCUGCAGGUUUUGCUGUUAACCCAUCUGACAAAAUGUACACUGGAACGGAAGAAUCAUCUUGCUAUGGUGGUAAAGCCAGUCUAGAUUCUGUUGCUGACUCAUGGAGGGCUUCACAUUCUGAGGUGCCCCAUAAAGCUCAGACUUUGGGGGUAUUCGAAGAUUUCCUGCAAUGGAUGAGAGAAAUGCCAUUUAAUGAAAGAGUUUCUUGGGCAGUGGGAGGGAUGGUUCUUACAGCAGGAUUAUUGUAUAUGAGCAAAAGGAAGAGCCAUAGCCAGCGCCAGAAGCUUGCGGCUAUUCAACGCACUGCAAGGAAACUAGAAGGCAAGAUCAAUGACCAGAAAUUGUCUAGUAACCAUGGAAGUAGGAAAGGAAGUAGAAGAUGACUCUUUUUGUAUGUGAACAUAAAUAGUUUUUGGACAAAUAACAUGUGAGUCUUCAUCUUUUUUGUUUCAACUUAUAAUGUUAUAAGUGAAUAUUUUUUGUUAUUUUUAUUUGCUCUUCUGAAAGGUAGAUUAUGCCUUGGUUUUGAAGAUUGAUUUA